GUCAGUCCCUUGUGACUCUACAGUCAUGUCCUGUUCUGCAAGGAAGAAACACAGAGUCUACAACAGUUGAUGUGUAUCUCGAUCAGUACAAGCAUUGGGUGAUUUUCUGUCGAAUAGAUUGUGGGAACAUCGACACGGACGGUGAAUAUCAAAACAGCUGCGACGGUAAAAGCGGAGAGGUGAAGCUUUCUUCUCAUCAUGGCUUCCCGUAAGAAGGUGCUCCUUAAAGUGAUCAUCCUAGGGGAUUCUGGUGUUGGGAAGACCUCGUUGAUGAAUCAAUAUGUGAAUAAUAAAUUUAGUAAUCAGUAUAAGGCCACUAUUGGAGCUGACUUUUUGACCAAGGAGGUGAUGGUGGACGACAGACUGGUCACCAUGCAGAUUUGGGACACAGCUGGUCAGGAGCGAUUUCAGUCUCUGGGUGUGGCUUUCUACAGAGGGGCGGACUGUUGCGUGCUGGUGUAUGAUGUCACGGCACCGACUACAUUUAAGACUCUGGACAGCUGGAGGGAUGAGUUUCUCAUUCAGGCCAGUCCACGAGACCCUGAGAACUUCCCCUUUGUUGUAUUGGGUAACAAAAUCGACCUGGAGAACCGACAGGUGACGACAAAGCGAGCUCAAGCAUGGUGUCAGAGUAAAAACAAUAUCCCCUAUUUUGAGACCAGUGCCAAAGAAGCCAUUAAUGUGGAGCAGGCUUUCCAAACUAUCGCUCGCAAUGCCCUUAAACAGGAGUCAGAGGUGGAAACGUAUGAUUUUCCUGACCAGAUUAAACUAAGAGAUGACAGACCUGCAUCAGCUAGUGAUGGGUGCAACUGCUGAAGGAAAGAUGAAACGGGGAGGGCAGAUAAAGAUCCAACACGGGAGAGAAAGGGAAGGAUGGAAAAGAUCCAGGUCCUUGUUUUAGUGCCCAUCCUCCCCUCCAGUUUUGUUCUCCUUUGAAACAUCCAGGGUAUCAAAUGCCACAUGUGAAAGCUGAACAUCCAUUUUACUACUGAACUCUGAGUAAUGUGUGGUAUGAUGAACUGUCUGAGGAACAGAAAGACCGAUGUGUUGCAUAUCAUGUGACACUGCAUUUAUUACAGGUCCUACCAUCACUACAGCUGUCACAUUUUUUCUUGUCACUUCUCCUGCUCUCCGUGUCAUUUUUCUUUUCUCUGAAAUAAUCAUUUUUGCCUGCUAGUUCAUUGUGCCUUUAAAUUUUUAGUUAUUGUUCUCAUAUAAAUUUCACUUUUAUAUGCUGAAUUAGCAUUAUUUUAAAAAAUUGUAUUGAUUAUGUAGUAGGGCUGGGCGAUAUAUUAAAUAUUUAUCACAUUAAUUUGUUAACAAUAUUACAUAUUUUGUUGCAAAAAACAUUGUGAAUAUCAGUGUUUUAAUGUGCUUUUUUGUAAAUGUUACGAUGAUUUAAAUCUGCUUUUAUGGCCAAGUACCGUCGGGAUUUUUUGCAUAUUAUAUAAGUAUUCAACAGCCGGGCCAAAAAUGCAGUUAGAAAAUCCAUUAAAUUACCGCAGAUUACUUUUUUAAAUAGUAUAUCUUUUAAAAAAAUCAAACCAAUUCAUACAUUUUUUGCAUCAUCACUUAUGCGUUUUAUCUACUAUUAGUGCACAAAAAAUAUAUAUUUUUAUGCCCAUUCAGAGAAAAGGUGUGAAAAACAUGCCUUAAUUAUUUUAUCUAGAUUUUACAGUUUUUUUUUAUUUAGUGGUUGUUUGUUUAAAAUUGUCCUCCAAGCUAUUUUAAGGAAAUAAACAGCUAUUGAGGUUGAACAUUAUAAACAUGCCUAAAAAUAUCUAAAUACAUCAUCUUUAGGUUAUAUUGCCUAGCCCUAAUAUAUAAAAUGUCAUUUCUUGCUUGAAUAUUUGGCAAUCAUUUGCUCUCUUGACAGAUUUAAGCCAUUUAAUUGUUUUUGUAUCCGCAUUUAAAAUGUUAUAAAAAACAAUACUAUUAAGUGGUUUACUAAACAUGUUUUAGUAUCAAACAAGUCAGAAGUUAUAUACAACUCAAAAAUGUACAUGAGGUUACUCUUUACUUUUUAUUUGCCUUUAAACAUUUACAUGAUACUGUAUCUGUAUUAAUGCAUGUACUGUAUACAUACAUAGUUACCCAACCUAAAAGCUCCUCAGUUUUAUUUGCCAACGUGCAACAAAUUGUAAAAAUUAAUUUGGCAUCAUUUUUAUUUUGGCCAAUUCAAGAAUGACUUCAAAAUAAAAAGAAAGAUACAUUUACAA